GCAAUGGGGCCGAAAGCGCGUUUCUUCCCGGGAUUGAAUGUUGAGUUGUUUGUCCUUUCCGGGCUGCCGUCCUGCAGAUCCGCCAUAUUGUCUGCUGAAGCUGCCGCUGAGGCUGCCGCCGCUGCCGCCGCCAAGUAGAAGCGAGCGGAGCCGCGAUGGAGACCAUGGCAAGCCCAGGGAAAGACAAUUAUCGAAUGAAGAGUUAUAAGAACAAUGCCCUAAACCCUGAGGAAAUGAGGCGAAGAAGAGAGGAAGAGGGCAUUCAGCUCCGGAAGCAGAAACGGGAGCAACAACUUUUUAAACGGAGAAAUGUGGAGCUGAUCAAUGAAGAAGCUGCCAUGUUUGAUAGUCUUCUCAUGGACUCCUAUGUGAGCUCUACCACUGGGGAGAGUGUGAUCACAAGAGAGAUGGUGGAGAUGCUCUUUUCUGAUGAUCCUGACCUGCAGUUAGCAACCACACAGAAAUUCCGGAAACUGCUCUCCAAAGAGCCCAGUCCUCCAAUAGACGAAGUUAUCAACACUCCAGGAGUGGUGGAUCGGUUUGUGGAGUUUCUGAAGAGAAAUGAGAAUUGUACAUUACAGUUUGAAGCUGCCUGGGCUCUAACAAACAUUGCCUCUGGAACCUCUCAGCAGACCAAAAUUGUCAUUGAAGCAGGGGCCGUCCCCAUUUUUAUAGAGCUGCUUAACUCGGACUUUGAGGAUGUACAGGAACAGGCAGUCUGGGCACUGGGAAACAUAGCUGGAGACAGCUCCGUUUGCCGAGAUUAUGUCUUGAACUGUUCCAUCCUCAAUCCUUUGUUAACACUCCUUACCAAGUCCACACGACUGACAAUGACCCGGAACGCGGUCUGGGCCCUGUCAAACCUCUGCCGAGGGAAGAACCCACCCCCAGAGUUUGCAAAGGUCUCCCCCUGUUUGCCCGUGCUGUCUCGCCUACUCUUCAGCAGCGACUCAGACUUGCUGGCAGAUGCUUGCUGGGCUCUCUCUUAUCUAUCUGAUGGCCCCAAUGAGAAGAUCCAGGCAGUCAUAGACUCUGGAGUCUGCCGGAGAUUGGUCGAGCUCCUCAUGCACAACGAUAACAAAGUGGCUUCUCCUGCUCUGAGAGCUGUGGGUAACAUCGUCACCGGGGAUGACAUCCAGACCCAGGUCAUUCUUAACUGUUCAGCCCUCCCUUGCCUCCUCCACCUCCUGAGCAGCUCCAAGGAGUCAAUCCGAAAGGAAGCUUGUUGGACCAUUUCAAACAUCACUGCUGGCAACAGGGCUCAGAUACAGGCUGUCAUAGAUGCAAACAUCUUCCCUGUAUUGAUCGAAAUCCUUCAGAAAGCAGAGUUCCGUACAAGGAAAGAGGCAGCCUGGGCCAUCACCAAUGCCACAUCAGGAGGAACCCCUGAACAAAUCAGGUACCUGGUCUCCCUGGGCUGCAUCAAACCCCUGUGCGACUUGCUGACUGUGAUGGAUUCAAAGAUCGUGCAAGUGGCCCUCAAUGGACUGGAGAAUAUCCUUCGGCUUGGAGAGCAAGAGGGCAAGCGCAGUGGCUCAGGGGUCAAUCCCUACUGUGGCCUCAUCGAGGAAGCCUAUGGCUUGGAUAAAAUUGAGUUCCUCCAGAGCCAUGAGAACCAGGAGAUCUACCAGAAGGCCUUCGACCUCAUCGAGCACUACUUUGGCGUAGAAGAUGAUGAUAGCAGCCUGGCUCCCCAAGUGGAUGAGACGCAACAGCAGUUCAUCUUCCAGCAGCCUGAGGCCCCCAUGGAGGGCUUCCAGCUAUAAUGUCUGCCUCCAGGGAGGGGAGGGGAUGGGAAGCACCACCAACCAGCGGAAAAGCAGCCCUCUGGUGGGCGGGAAACCAGCCCCCCCACCAUCAGCCACCACACACCUCUGCUGCCCUGGAAACUGUGCUCUUGACCUGCUCCGACCCCUUCCCUGGAGGGAGCACCCUCUGGACAGACAGAACCAUCUGAGGCUCACGUUUGGGUUUUGUGACAAGAAGGGGACGUGUUGGGUUUUUCUUCCUUACACUAUAUUUUGGCUGCACAUAUGUCUUUAACCCAGGAGCCCAGGGGUAGACAAAGGAGGACUGAGGUAACCAAUUUUGCACCUUUUUAUUUUUAUUUUUUUCUUCUUUAGUGGUGACUUCCUUCCCUAUUAUCUUCCUUCAUCCUUCCCAGUCCUCUGCCCUGAUCUGUGUAACUCUUAUCUUGGGUACUUGAGCAGAUGGAAUAUUCCAGAGGUGGGGGGGGGGGGGGUGGGAAGGGAGGGGAGAAAUCCAAAACAAAGUGUUCUUGCUCUGACAGAAUAUUAAUCUUGUAUGCUUGGAUUGAGUUAUUUAAUUUUUUCUUUUGCACAUUUUUUCUUGUAUUAAGAUUGCUCUUUCCCAGAGCCAUGAGUUCCUGGUAUUAGGAAACCCGGCUGCCAGCAUUGUCUGGGACUAGAGACUGAGGGGGAGGUCACCAUGAGACAGAAGGCCCCUCCCUCCCUCUGACCCCUUGCCCAGACCUCUUUAGUUUGGGAGAUCCCCUUCACUCUCCUGGGGCAUGUACACCAGUGGGAGUGAGCGAGGAGGAGCACAGGCCUUCAGACAGGGCUUCCCAUGUGUCGCUACUGAUCCCAUGUUUCCUACCCACCUUCCAGUGGUGCGACCUGACUUCAUUUGUUUACUUGAAAAUUCCCCUCAGAGUUGAAAUGAACCUCUGAGGUAGCUGUAUUUUCUCCUAAGCACGCGACAGAGGGCUGUGGUCCUUGCUUUCUCCUGAGGAGAAAGUCCUUGCUCCGGUGACCCAUAAGUUGCAGAGGAGAUUGGAGUGAGAGUGUCAUGUAUUGGGAUAGCCAGGGGAUCCUUGCCUUUGGCCUUUCUUCUCCUUCUUCUUCCUCUUCCAUAGAUGGAUCAUGUAUAUUUUACUUCCAAAGGAGAGAAUGUCAAAAAGUUCUGUAUUUUUUUAUAUGCUAUAUAUUAGGUAGGUCAAUCUUAAUUGGUCUCAAGAGGAAGAACUGUCUCUAACUUCUGUAAGUAGGAUACCGUGAGGAAGACCAAAAAGAGAUACGGAAGCUCUUUUGCUCAGGAAGCCUGACCUUGAUCCGUCUCUCUGCUUGGGUUCCGGGCCACCACCUGGACAAACCCUUAGCUCUGGAGCCUUUAUAUCGUAGGUCAACCUGGUCUGAUUGUCCCAGUAGCUAAAGGGAGCAAGGGCUCCAGGGCCUGGUGAAGUCUACCACUCUAGUCCUUACUGCUGAACAUCCUGCUCGCAUCAGGAAACCAAGACAGCAGUCUGCCUCCUCAGAUUCAGUCUCAAAUGCCCUUGUCCACGUAAGUUAUCACAGGUGGCUGCCUUUCUUACUACAGAAAUACAGCAGCCUCAGGACUUUUUUGAGAGUGACUGAUAUCUUCCUGGAUUGGGAACCCUGUACAUGGUUUGGACAUUGCCCUUCCUGUGACACUUAGAAUCCCAAUGCCUUGCCUUUUCCCUUUGAGUAGAGCUACUGCAGUGCCUCACUGGCUUGCCUGUGUGUGUCAAUGGAUUAUAUAGUAAUGAAGUAAAGCCCAGCUGAUGGGGUGAGUGGAGGAAGUUGGUGGCUAAGUGUAGGCCAGUGGUGGAGUUGAAGGCACAACACUGCCCUGUCACUGUUUCCCCACAGAGAUCAGUUAGAGAUGCCCUGGUCCAAGCUGUAUUUUCCCUUCCCCAGAAACAAUGCCAUUCUUGCUCCCAUUCCUGCAUAUCCCACCUCUGGCUCAGGUGAAAUCCGUGUCACUCUGCUUACAGAUAAAAGGUUCAGGUCCUUUUGCCCACUGGUUUUGAAUCUGUCCUCUUUUUCAAGUAUUGAGAUCCAACUCCAGAGGCAUUUUCUGAGAAAAAUGCUUGUUGAUUAGUGGUUAUCACUGAAAAGUGAUACCAGUGCCAUACCACCUGAGUGAGUCAGAUGCUACUUUCAGUUUGGGCAUGAUAAUUACCAAGCCCCACUCUCCCUGGUAGGCAAGGGGCAGGACCCUUUUCACUUGGCCUGCUGACUCCAUUACUCCUACAGUUCAAAAGAAAGUCACCCCCCACCCCUUGACCUUGUCCAACAGCCAGAGCAUUUGAGUAAGAACUACUUCUUGUAUCUCUAGCAAUAGUUAAGUCCCUGACAUUGGGGCCAAAUUCUUACACGUCUGUGUGAGACGUACACAUCCUGCCUUCCCCAACUGUUCCUACUUUUGCUUCAGAUCUUGGCCAUGUACUAAACAGAAGACUCUUCUGAUUAUCAGUUACUGCUUGAAGGCUGCUUUCUCCAAGGACUCCAAAGGCUGAAGUGUCUCCCAGGGCAUAGGAGGACAUAUUUCUCAUCAGAUAAACAUGGCCUCUAGGAGCUUUCCUUUGUUUAGUGUCUUCCUCAGACUAUGUUUUCCCAUUAUAUUCCUCUGACCUCCCCUUUCAGUUAACAGGUGAAGUUCUUGCAGCCCCCAGAGACGGUAACAUCAUCUUUUGUGUCCCCCUCUCCUUUGUUCAUCUUGGGAAGCAAAAUAUUGUUUCUUUAUAGCCCAGGCUUGACAGCUGCUCUUCGUGGACAGCCCCCAUCUGGACUACAGACCCUGGCCCAGGUGAAGGCAGAGCUUUCUGACAGAUUUCUGAAUGGAUGUUACAGGGAUGGAGGGGCUCCCCAGCCUGCUGUAGGGAAUAGCCUGAGAAGAUGUGUAUUUGAAAGGUUAAUGUUUUGGCACACGGUUAUUUGCAUUUUAAGAUCUCUGGUGGGUUGGUGAUGUUCAGGUGUGGAUUUAAGGGGACAAGGAACCGUUUUCUUAGCUAAAGUGUUCAAGUACUGUUUUGAACAGCUAUUCGUUUUUGCCAGCCCUUCUGGACAUCCCACACCCACCAUCUUCACUAGUAUUAACAGGACCUCUGGUCUUAGAAGACUGAGCUAUCCCCAGUGGCUGGCUGGCCUUGGUAUUGGCUGCAACCUUGUUAGAACUACACAGGUUCCAUCCUCACCUGGCCAGCCUGGUUACUUCAGGCAGUGAGUACAAAGGACCCUUCCACGGAACAGAUGUAGAAGACUUCAGCUUUCAGGGACCCUUUGUGUUCCCCUUUACCUAGAACCCCUAGAUCUACUCCCAUUCUCUUUUCCCUUGGAAGACUUUCCAACAGCCCUGUUUUUUAAAGCUGAACUACACAGAUUAUAGCUGCUACCAUGCUUAGGGAAGAGCAAAAGGCUCUCGAGCACUGACUUUCCAUUUCCCUCAAGCCAGACCAGUUUAAUCUGAAAAUUGUAGCAGAAUAAACUAGACGUCCAUUUUCUCAUGUCUGCCUGCCUUCCCCCUACACUCUAUAAUAGACUUAUCUGUUUCUAGCAAAAUAGAAGGGAAGGAGAUGAAUGCCUAUCAGUACUUCCUCCUGCCACACACCCGCUUCUUUGAAGGCCUCUCAGCUCAUUUGUUCAGGCCACGUCUCUCCUCCCCAAGACUCACUCAGUUUGGUGUCCUUCAUCUUGAAUAUUCCUCAGUAGAUACAUCAUUUGGGCUUCGGUUCUGGAUUCUCAGUUGAAGGCAGGGAGCCAGAUUCUGCAGGCACUACAGGGACCCACAGGGUGCUGGCUGGGGGCCUCCUUGGCAGGCUGGGGAGGGGUGCAAGGCUCAGGGCACAAACCAUAGGAAAGGCUCACAACCAUAGGAAAGGCUAGCAACAUCUUCCAGGUAGGACUAUCCUAGAAACAAGUACAUGUGAGACUUGAGAAACUGCUCAGAGUAGGUUUCUUCCACAGCUGUUUUAGGAUUGCACAUUUUAGACCAAUCUUGUCCAGUAUUUUUUCUGUCUUAACUUUUGUAUUUUUUUGUUAAGCCAGCAAGCUGAGAAUUGGGCCCUGCAGGGAUCCAUGUGGUAGGCAAUAGCUCUUCUUUGGCCAAGGCCUUCAUAAAGGAUUCAGUCAUCCCAUUGACUGUUCCCUAGCCCCACCCCCAGAUGAAGACCAUGGUAAGGGAAGAAUUUUGAGGUCAGUACAAACCAAAUAAGUCUGUAAAUGAAAGCUGUUAGUUUUCCUCUGAGAGGGCAUUUUGCAUCAGGCCUGGGCUAUGUUCAGAAGCAAACCUGGCUGUGAGUGAGAAGCAGCACCAUUAGAUUUUGGACCUAGAACACCCCAGGAAGAAGGUUUGUGUAGUGUGUUUGGGCCCACCUUACUACUUCUGGGCCAGCCUGACUGCUGCUGUGCACAUUAGCACAUACCUGAACCCCUCUGCUAAACUCAAGCCCUGUAUCCCUACCGAGGUCAGAUGUUCAGCCUCUGGGUUUGGGAAGAGAAAACUGCCAUGGUGAGACUCCUCAAGCCCUGGAGUUGGGUCUUGGCUCUUUCGGCCAUUUUUUGUGGGAAUUGCCUUUGGUUGGACCACUAAGGAAGCAAAUAAGGUGUGAGGUCCCAGUUACCCAAGACAGAGCAGAUGUCCCUCAAAAACAUCUUGGGUUCCCAGCUACAGACCCUUGGAAGGUGAAUCAAACCUGUUUCCUCACUGGUUUAUCUCUCCAAAUUUAUUUUGCUUUUAAGAACUAUAAACUCUAGCUAUUGUUUUCCAUGUUCUCAGGGCCCCUGGGUAAACAGACAAAGCUUGAUGAUUUCAGAGCAGAUAUAGGCCAAGAAACCAUGGCAUUGAGUGUGCUGAGUCCAGACAAAUGAUAUUUAUAUACACAUCCAAAUUUGAAGAGAAAAUGUAUUUCUUUAGGUUUCAAACACUGUAAUAGAUAUAAAGCAAAAAUAAAAACCUGUUGCAAAGUUCUAAA